AACAAAGGAUUAAUUAUUUUAUCAAUAAGGAUUACUCAAGGAACCUACUAUGAAUCUGAUAAUACUGAAGCAAAGCUAGUGACUGUUUGUUAUGGAAGACUUGUACCAUGUUUGUUUUAGUACAGUGGAUGAAAAUUCUAGUUCAUCCAAUGAUAUUUUCUGGGGCAGUGAGGAACAUAAUGAAAUAAAGAAGUUACACUUUUCUGGAGCAGAAAAUCAUGGAGUUUAUGGGGGAGUAGACUCCUUUUACUCUAAUUUCGAGUUUUCCACAGAUUAUCCAUCAGGAUACCUUAUAUCCUCUAAUCAAGAAAAGUAUCACCAGCAACAAUCAUACCAUGAUUAUGGCGAUUUGGAUGAUAACCUUCAGUUUGACAUGGUGUCUCCACCACUCCAAUUUGAUGCACAAUAUCCAACCAGUGGUACAACAGAGGAUAAGCCACACUCAACUUUCCCUUUAGCCUCACUUGAGAUCUUGAAGAACUAUGGCAAGGGCUUCAAGAGGUUUUCCUAUGAAGGCAAAUCCCUGCAGCCAGUGGUUGAUUCUGUGGCCACAGAUGAAUUUGGUUUUAGAAAGCUCUCAACUGAAGAUAUCAUGAGGAUAGCAGGAACAAGGUUCAUCAAAUCAUCAUCUUCAGAGUCAGAACCUUUGACUUUCUUGGAAACUCACCCUUAUGGGUUUUCCUUCUCUGGAUUCUCUGAUGAGGAGAAAGAGGAUGUGGCACUGUCUGAGUCCCUCUUGGCUUGUGCUGAGAAAGUUGGUCAUCAACAAUUUGAACGUGCAAGGAAGUUGCUAAGUCACUGCCAAUCAUUGUCAAGCAAAACUGGGAGCCCCGUUAAGAGAAUUGUUCAUUAUUUUGCUGAAGCACUUCUCCACAGGAUAGAUACAGAAACAGGAAGAGCUUCAUCCAAGGAUUUGCAUAAAGGUCAGUCAUUUGAUCCUGAAGAGGCAGCCAAGGAACUAAACCCCGCUAUUACUGCAUUUUAUGAAGCGCUUCCCUUUUGUCAGAUUUCAGUGUUCACUGCAGUUCAAGCUAUAAUAGAAGACAUAGCUGAAGCAAAGAAGAUUCAUGUUAUUGAUCUCGAAAUCAGAAAGGGGGGCCAAUGGGCUAUCCUAAUGCAAGCCCUUGAGUCAAGGCAUCAAUGUCCAGUUGAGCUUCUAAAGAUUACCGCUAUUGAAAGUGGAACCACUAGACACAUUGUUGAGGACACUGGUAAGAGAUUGAAGGAUUUUGCUCAAGGUUUGAACAUACCCUUCUCUUUCAACAUCGUUAUGGUACCAGACCUGUUACAUCUUAAAGAAGAUCUUUUUGAGAUCGAUCCUGGGGAAGCAAUUGCUGUUUAUUCUCAGUUUGCACUCAGAGCCAAGAUUCAACAAUCAGACCAGCUUGAAAUAAUCAUGAGAGUGAUUAGAACCUUGAAUCCUAAUGUGAUGGUGGUAUCUGAAAUUGAGGCAAAUCACAACUCCACAUCUUUUGUAAAUCGUUUCAUUGAGGCUCUUUUCUUCUUCAGUGCAUUCUUUGACUGUCUUGAGGCUUGCAUGAAGGGGAAUGAGAAGACCCGAAUGAUUAUAGAGUCACUAUACUUUAGUCAUGGAAUCAAAAACAUUGUGGCCACAGAAGGAGCAGAAAGAAAGACUAGGAAUGUGAAGAUUGAUGUGUGGAGGGCCUUCUUCUCCCGCUUCGGAAUGGUGGAGAAAGAACUGAGCACUUUGUCUUUAUACCAAGCAGAUUUGGUGAGUAAAAGAUUUCCUUGUGGAAGUUCUUGCACGUUUGAUAAGAAUGGGCAGUGCCUUAUUGUUGGGUGGAAAGGAACACCGAUUAAUUCUGUUUCUGUCUGGAAAUUCAUUUGAUGGCUAGUGCAACAAGGCUUUUAGUAUUGGUCCAUGACUGUGAUUUUGGCAAAGUCAAGGCUUUUUUGCUACCACAAUCUAAAAUCUUUUGCUGGUAAAGAUUUGUAGUUUCAUACUAUCCUAAAUCAAUGUUUGUAUCGUGCCAUGUGCAGAUUUCAUUGCAAGUUACUACCAAGAAUGGAAG